UGGCAGUAAUGUAUUUAUGCUGAACUGAGAACGCCCAAGGAGUACGUGGCUCUUUUCCUCUUGAAUUCGAAUCUGUAGAAGCAAACCAGAAACCUAACAAAAUGGAGCUCGAGGCGAUGACUAGAUACACGAGUCCGGUGAACCCGGCUGUCUUCCCCCACCUCACUGUGGUCCUUUUGGCUAUCGGAAUGUUCUUCACUGCUUGGUUCUUUGUCUAUGAGGUGACGUCUACCAAAUACACCAGAGACGUGUACAAAGAGCUGCUGAUCUCCCUGGUGGCGUCUCUCUUCAUGGGAUUUGGCGUGCUGUUUCUCUUACUGUGGGUUGGCAUCUAUGUCUGAUAGAUGUUUUACAGUUAUAUUGCCAAAUAAUAUUGAUACAGAACAACCCAGUGGAGGAGAUGAAGACAGGAUGUGGACUCUUCACAACAGAAGCUGGGUUAUGGUCUCGGAUUGGCUGGCACUAAAGGGGGCGGGACCACAGACCUAAAACCUUGAUCUGCGUCUGUCCCAGGUUUGAUGUGGGUUGGCUCAAAAUAAUAAAGAGACAUUUGUAUAAAACGUG